CUUUGGCACAUAAUUAAACUGGUCCAAAGACAAUGCUUAAAAGGCAAGUAAAGUUGAUUACGUUUUAUCCUCAUCAAUCAUUCUUAUACAAGCUUUCCCCUUCCCACAAGAGCAGCAACAACCUCUAUGGAAGCUGCAAAGAAACACUGCAAAAACAAAGACAUCACCCUCGACGGGAACGACUUGCAAACCGAGCAUGUCCUACUCCCCGGCUUGCCUAACCAUCUAGCCUCCCUUUGUCUUGCAAAUCUCCCACCUUCCCUCCUUUACCGAGUCUGCAUUUCAUGGCGCCGCUUCAUCUAUUCUCCCAACUUCCCUCCUUUCUACUCUCUUUACGCACUUCUAGCACCAACCUCCCCUGCACCCGGCUCUGCAUGCCAAUACCACUCGGCUAGUUUCUUCUGCUUCGACCCCGUUGCAUGGAAGUGGAGAUCCCUUCCAAGCCCUCCCACUUCUUGCUCACCUCUCUGCAUGCUAAGCCGGCAUCCUUCUUACAUAUCAAGGAUCCUUCCAGUCCAAUCUAUCACGGCAUCAAGCCUUCUACUUCUCAUAGCUGCCAACACUCACAAUUUUCUCCCAGCACUUAGCCAUCCACUAGUAUUCAACCCUCUUUCCAGCAAGUGGAGCUUUGGGCCUCCGUUUACCUCUCCUAGGCGUUGGUGCGUCGCUGGAUCAAUGGGCAGCUCAGUGUACGUGGCAAGUGGGACGGGCGCACAGUACCAAAGAGACGUGGCAAGAUCUCUUGAGAGAUGGGACAUGUCAAAGAAGGAAGCAGAGUGGAUGUGGGAGACGAGGACAGCGUGUAAAGACGCAAAGCUUAGUAGAGAAGCCAUUGAAGCGAUCGGGUACAGAGGGAAACUCUGCAUGGUAAACAUAAAGGGGAGGGCGCUGAAAGAAGGCGCUGUGUACAAUAUUUCAAUGAAUAAAUGGGAGCAAAUGCCGAGGGGGAUGCUUGAGGGAUGGACUGGACCAGCAACAACAGACGACCAAUUUAUGUAUGUGGUAGAUCAGGAAACUGGAAGCCUGAGCAAGUAUGACUAUGAAAAUGAUUGCUGGGAAGAGUUUGUUGGGCCUUCGAAUCACCUGAAAGGGGCUCAGCAUAUAUCUGCAGGCCGUGGAAAAGUUUGCGCUGUUUCAGCUGAUGGCUCCAAGAUUUUUGUGGUGGAUGUUUCGGCAUCUGCAAUUGCAAGGCCUCCUAAGUUUUGGACAUUGGAGCCACCCGACGGUAUGGAAGUCAUUGCAGUCCACAUAUUACCAAGGAUGAGCAUGCAUCAGUCUUCUUGUUGAAUGCUACCAACUCAGUAGUGAAUCUGACGCUGUUUUAGAUAAACACAAAAGGAGGAAAAUGUCAUUUUUCAACUUCACUUGUAGAACAAACAAAUGAUAUCCUCCUCUUUGUUUACAUUAGUUUCAAACCUUUUCUUUACUAUUCCCAAUUUGAAUAUUCUUCCCAUAGAGAUUCCAAUACUCGUUUCUGCAACUUAUGGAACUUAUUUUUAUGUCUACAGAGUGCUAGAGAUCUUCCUAUGUAUCAGUAGAGUCUUUUAAGCAAAACAAUUGUAAGUUACAGAAAUAAUUUCAUGCCUAUGUAUGUUAUUAAACAUGAGUCCAAA